AUGAGACAAAGAAGAAAUACCUUUCAAUUUCUAAACAAACAAACAGAUACAGAUAAUAUUACUGAUGAUAUAGAAGUAGUAGAAGAACAAGAAGAAAAGGAAGGUCAUGAUUAUAUAGUAAUUGAAGAUGAUGAUCAGUAUACACCAGUCUCUACAACUACAACAACUACUAGAUCACAACCUCAACCACAACCAGCACCACCAACCAAUCAAUCAAAGAAUGUUGUAAAAGACUUGAAAAAGAUAUGUGAAGAGAUGAAUAUAUAUAGUGUAACUAAUGGCAAAAAAGAUGAAAUAGUACAGGGUAUCAUCAAGAGACAAACUGAUGUGAGAGCACUCAAACAACAGAUGUUUGUCAGCAAUCCAUUGGUCAAUUAUAGUAAAUAUACAUUUGACUAUACUCUACCUUGGUCGAUCAUUUGCAAGAUACUCGAUCAAGUAUGGUACGAUUCAUCAGUUUGUACUUGCUAUUAUAGUGAUUACUUGCUUAAAAAGAGAAAGGAAAUUAUAAAUAUUGGUAAAGGUCAUUUCUAUGAAUGGGAAGUAGAACUGUCAUUUGUACACAAACAAGCUAGAUCACAAUGUCCAAUGCAUACAUUCCACUAUGCCAACAACAUAAUACCAUCCAUCGCCAUUGAUAAUCCACUCAAGAAAUAUGUUUGUAAUCAAAACCUUUGGAGAUACCAACUACUCCUCGUAUCAAAGAGAAUCAAUCAAUUCAUUUCAUACAAUUACUUUACAAAGUUGAAAUGUCCAUUCAUGUAUACUAGUCGUUCAAGUAGUUCCGAAAUCUGGCAUCAUAUCAACAAUCCAUAUUGUCCAUUCAAGAAACCAAAAUCACUUACUCUUCGAAAUGGGAUUGUAGGUAUUGACGCUUGUGUAGAACAUGUUAGUCAUUCAAUGUUUGAUACACUCGAGAAGCUCAAACUUGAUAGAUUCUGUUUACCUCAGAGACACGGAAACUAUUAUAUCAGAUAUUUUAAAGGUAUCAAAUCGUUGACACUCAUAGAAGGCAAUUUUCAUAUGGUUCCUCUAUUAGAGGUACUGAAAUCUUGUACAUCGCUCAAUAUGGCGUACCAAAAGGAUGACACAGAAACCAGAGGGUAUAUCAAUCAUCUGCCUGUAGGUGCGGUGGUCAAACUAUUACUCCCACCAACCAACACUAUCAACCCUACUCUUCCAACCAACUUUAAUCCAAGUACCAUCCAAAUCACCAAUAUUCAUAAACGACUUGAUGAAAUGACAAACUUGCAUACACUCCAUUUAACAAGUUGGCACGAGUCAUUUCCUCUCAACUUGCCUCCAUCGGUCACUACACUAGUCGUCUAUCCAACUCUUGUAACUCUUAACAACCCUGAAUUUCAACUUCCGACAAACAUCACAACUUUAAAGAUAUGCCUAUCAAAAUUGAAAUACGAAUUGCCACUAUAUGACUUGGAUAGUCCGGAAUUGAUAGAAUAUACACGAUUUGGUAUCAACACACUUCUCAUCACCUACAAGAAUGAAAUCACAGAAAAUCAAAUCAACCAAUUUAAAAGAAAAGGAUAUGAAUAUCAUGGAUCAACAUUUAAACCAUCAGAUCUACACAAAAGACAAUUAAGAUUUAUUAAAACAAAUAUAACACCAGAGAUUGAAUAUUAUACUCCUCUACCAACACAACAACCAAAUAAUCCAACACUUCCAUUUUAUAUUAUUGCAAAAAUAGUAAAAUACUCUUGGAAUAGUUAUUGGUGUAAUUGUCAUCAGAUUCAAGGUGGACCAUUUAAAUGGUCAAGUUUGAAACAUAUCGAGAAACCACCAUGUCAUGUACACUCUUGGCAUAAAAAUGAAGGAGAACUUCUCGCAACUAUUAAUCGACUUCGAUUUGGGUUGACAUUGGUAUGCAAGAAAUUAUUUGUACUAGUGUCACAACAUUUGCUCACAAAAAUUGGGUUUAUAGGAAAUAAUAAUAAUAAUAUCUCAUCGAUUCAUGCCAACCCAUAUUGUGUCAUGGCUAAAUCAAUCCAACACCUAUCGAUUUUAACCGAUAGCAUGAUAAUCUUGCCACAAGAAAUGUAUUCCCAAGUAAAGAUUUUAAAAAUUGUGGUGGCCCAAAGACAACCAAACCCUCUUUUAGUUCCAGAUUUUCAUUUUUUGCUUGGUCUUGGUUCACUCACAUCAUUGGAUAUAAACAAGGCUUCAAGUGAUCUGUUUAGAAUACUUAAAGAUUUACCACUCAAGAAACUAUAUACUUUAGGUAUUACCCUUCCAUUUGGAAAAUGGAAUGAUGAUAAUAUAUUAUCACAAUCUUUAGAGGCAGUGUCAAUCAACAAAUUGGAUGAGCUCCCAAUGUUGACAAUCUUUCCCAAUCUAAGACAUCUCAGAUUUGCUACCCUUAAUUCCAACGAUAAAAGACAACCGAUUACUCUUCCAACUAGGGUCGUUAAAAUAUCAUUUGACGAUCCCUCUGGUGCUUUUAUAGCCAAAUGCAACCCUCAAGUAACUCGACUUACAUUAUUGUACCCUUGGAAUAAUAACGACAAUUAUCUCUCUUUUUUAACAAUGAAAUGUGAGAAUGUUGAAAUGAUCACUAUUCAUUCAAGAUAUGAUACAACACACUCUCCUCAACCUCAAUCUUCCGAUCACGCUUUCUCACAAAUAUAUCUCCUCCAAAAACAAAUAAUCAGAUAUACCAUGGGUUCAACUGUCUAUUUUAAAUGGACUUAUCUUUCAAAACAAUUAAUAUUGGCAAAAAAUAAAGUUGACUAG